CUUGACUUCAGUAUGUGAGACUCAUUACUGAAAAGAAAGUGCUAGGCAUACAGGAACUAUGGUAUGGACUAUUUUGGCAAUUCUCAGUGGUCUGUUUAUACUUUUUCUCCUGUACUCUAAUCGCACAAGGAGGAGAAAUGAGCCACCCCUGGACAAAGGGCACAUACCUUGGUUGGGACAUGCCUUGGAGUUUGGGAAAGAUGCUGCAAAGUUUUUGGCCCGGAUGAAAGAAAAGCAUGGAGACAUCUUUACAGUGCGUGUUGCUGGAAUGUACCUGACGGUGCUGUUAGAUCCUCACUCGUUUGACUCGGUGCUGAAUGACGUGGGUUCCCUGGAGGUGGGAAACAGCCGAAAUAAACUACUAGAACAGAUCUUUGGCCUGCAGCUGAACGGCAUCAAGGACAGUGACGAGAGGAGCUGGAUGGAAAAGCAUUUUCAUGCAGUAAGUCUGACCAAACUUUGCAGUAAGAUGAAAACAAACAUGCAAAACCUGCUAAAGGAUGAUUUCAACGGCAACAAAAAUUGGAGACAAGACGGACUCUUCAACCUCUGUUACAGCUUGCUUUUUAGAGCUGGAUAUCUAACGCUAUUUGGCAGUGAAGGCAAUGCUUCUGCUGUGUAUAAGGAGUUCCGCAAGUUUGAUGAUCGUCUCACCAAACUGGCUCGUAAAUCGCUCAAGCGCGAUGAAAAGCAAUUGUUCACUUCAGCCCGAGAGAAACUAUGGGAUCUGCUGUCUCCGAAAUGUCUUGAAUCAACGCCCAAACCCUGGCAGCAGGACUAUAUUGAUUUCCUUAAAAAAGAGGGAGUUGAUGCUGAGAUGCAAACCAGAGCGUUACUGCUGCAGCUUUGGACCACACAGUGCAAUGCCGGACCUGCUGCCUUUUGGCUUCUUGGCUUUCUGCUCACUCACCCCGAGGCCAUGGAAGCAGUGAAAUCAGAGCUCAAACAUCUAACUCCACAGGACAGCCCCCCAAAGUCGGCCCCCCUCCAGGAGCCAGGAGCUCACCCCACCACACCUGUGUUUGACAGUGUUCUCAGUGAAACCCUCAGGCUCACAGCAGCUGUAAUGAUCAACAGAGACGUGGUCCAGGACAAGAGCGUGUGCAUGGCCGACGGGCGCCAAUACUUCCUCCGGAAAGGGGACAAAGUCUGUCUCUUUCCAUUCCUCAGCCCUCAGAUGAACGAGGAGAUACACGAGCAACCACAGAUGUUUAAGUAUGACCGCUUCCUAAAUGAGGAUAUGACAGUGAAGAGGACAUUUUACAAAGAUGGGAGACAGCUAAAGCACUACAGCAUGCCGUGGGGAGCAGGCGGAAACAUGUGUGUGGGGAAAGAGUUUGCUGUCUUCACCAUCAAACAGUUUGUGUCCCUGGUCCUGACACAUCUGGAUGUAGAGUUGUGUGAGCCAGGAGCCAGGCUCCCCCCAGUGGACCCAGGUCGAUACGGCUUUGGGAUGUUGAAGCCCCAUGGAGACGUGCAGGUGCGCUGCAGGCUGAGGACGACACAGCACUGAGUAUGGAAGAAGAGGGUUUAUUUAAUAUUGUGUGACAUAUAAUGUAUGUAAAACAGUUGUGUGGUUAUAUCUAUCUUGCACUUUACCAAACUCUGUCUGUUUGUACUGAAUAAAGUGACAAACCUC